AUCGCGCCAAUACAAACAGACAGGGUAGAGGUCCCCAAUCAAACAUGCCAUCUCCUGCAGUCAUGGCGCCUGUUGGCACCAUGGUGGGGACACAAGUCCGCCAGGACUGGAUGAUGGAUCCGACAAGACACCCACGGCGCAUGUUCAGACAUUCUUUGUCCCACAUCAAAGAUCUUUCGACUGAUGAGCCGGGUAUGUACAAGGUGUACUGUAGGAUGUGUGAAAUGAAACUGCCCCGCAAACCCGUAAAGGAGGUGACGAGCCCACCAGCGCCUAAAGAGAAGGUCGAAUUCAAAAUGCCGGCUGCCCCAAAGCUCCCCGCUCCCCUACUUCACGACCAGCUGAAGUGUCAGUGCUACCAGAAGUCUCUGAAGGUUCUCCGUGACAUCCAGCACUCCACCACGCCCCUGGGUCGGGACAGAACCAGUUGUGUGCCUGACAAGUUGAUGAACAUGUUGUGGGGCAGCUAUGUGUCGAAUGAGCAGACGCAGCUCCCCCUCUCCACCCUGGUAGUGCGCUGGCAGCUCCGGCGUUACAUCCCCAGUUACGACAUGCGCGAGCUCCACGCCAUCCUGUCCUGCUUCGGCAACAUCACCACCAUCUACAAACAGAGUCCCAACAGCGCCAUGGUCAUCUUCGACGACAUCUCCUCCGCGUGCCGAGUGAUGCAAACGAAACAACUGGGACAGCUCCGGAACAAGAUCCAUUGCAGCUGGUGGCAUCGUCUAAUGACCAACAAGAGCUUCUAUGUCGCCAAGAGGGGCGUCAGUGUUAAAAUGGACCGCUAUCAAAAACUGUUGAAUUAGUUGGAUUUUUUGCGUUGUUUGUUGUUUUGUAGGAAACAGAUAUAUAAAUUAUUCAUUGCUGGGCAUGGACACAACUCAAUACUAAUGUGGGGUAGCCUAGUGGUUAAAGCGUUGGCUCGUCGCGCCGAAGACCCGGGUUCGACGCUCCUAAUGGUGUGAGGACCAUUUUCCAGUGUCUCCUGUCGUCAUAUUGCUGGAAUAUUGCUUAAUGUGGCGCAAAACCAUACUCACUCACUCACUCUUAUUUAUGUUGAUAAUUUGUGGCCCUGGUCCCGUUCGUCAAAGCGAUCUUUGCGCUAGUACAGCCGUAAGUCUAAGUUAAGGUCGUCUUAGUGCUGCGAUCGCUUUGUAGAACAGGGCUCUGGUUUUAACCAAAACGUCAUCCUUUGGGCGAUACACGCUCGUGGACGUAUGCUUCAAUCUCAAUAACAUCAGAUUUUUACUCCGAUGCAGUACGUCUCUCCUUUCAAGGAGAAAAAGAUCUGAUUUUAAUGAGAUUGUGUGUACAUUAACACGAAAAGAUGUCCCCACGUUUGUUGUUGUUUGGUGUGUGUGUGUGUGUGUGUGUGUGUGUGUGUGUGUGUGGUUAAUAGUAGUUGUGCAUCCAUUGGUCUAGUAUGAAGGUCAGAAGUGUCUGAUGAUCAACUGAUGACGGUUCAUUCGCAUCUGAUGAUGGCUUUUUAAAUCGUGACCUUUAACCGUUACGGUAGAUGGAUUCUAAUUUACCAUGUUACGGUGGUGAGGUUGUAAUUUACCAUGUUACGGUAGAUGGAUUCUAAUUUUUCAUCUGUGAUAUUCUAGUAAUUUUACUGUCCUUUGUCGACAGAUUUUAAUGUCUAUCUUUAUGUAUUAUUAAUGUACAACUUGAUUUAGUCACGAUAUGGCUGAAAUAUUGCCGAUGUGACUUUAAAUCCUAACUCACUCACUCACUAACUUAUUUUUCAUGUUACGGCAGUAGGGUUGUAAUUUACCAUGUUAUGAUAGUAGGGUUGAAAUUUACCAUGUUACGGUAGUAGGGUUGUAAUUUACCAUGUGACGGCAGUGGGAUUGUAAUUUACCACGUUACGGUAGUUGGAUUGUAAUUUACAACGUUACAGUACUGAAGUUGUAAUUUACCAUGUGACGGCAGUAGGAUUGUAAUUUACUAUGUUACAAUAGUGAGAUUGUAAUUUACCAUGUUACGGUAGUAGGGUUUUAAUUUACCAUGUUACGGCAGUAGGGUUGUAAUUUACCAUGUUAUGAUAGUAGGGUUGUAAUUUACCAUGUUACGGUAGAUGGGUUGUAAUUUACCAUGUUACGGUAGAUGGUUGAAAUUUACCGUGUUACGGUAGUAGGGUUCUAAUUUACCACGUUACGGUCGUCGGAUUGUAAUUUAUCACGUUACGGUACUGAAGUUGUAAUUUACCAUGUAACAGUAGUAGGAUUGUAAUUUACCAUGUUACAUUAUUUGGGACACUAUUAGGCGCUAUUCUUCAACAACACGAUAUUUUAAAACUGUUUUGGAAAGAUUUGAUCAUUGGAGAUAGAGAACCUACCCAUUGAAGGUGACAAGAUAAUAAGUUUGCAAUUAUUUGAUUAAUAUGCCCAGCUUGGAAAAAGAGAUUAAGUGAAAAGUGAAGGUUAAAAGAGAUAAGGUUCAGUGUUUAUAACAUAUUUAACGAUAUAUAACAGGAUAAUGCUAAAAUAUAGAAAAUCAUAGAAAAGCAAUUCGGCGGUGUUUAUUCAAUAUCCUUGAUUUUUUCACGUUUCUGCUCAUGUCCAAUAAGUUUACGUGUAUACUUUAGAAACAUCACUGGAAUAUACACACAACAUUGUUUUCGAUUCUGUUGUCUUUUUUCAUGAGAACGUACAUGUUUAUUUGUUCUACUCUGCUAUCAUGUAUUGUGUUUAUUAAUAUUCCAUUGUAUAAAUCGGAGUAAGAAGUCAACUGCAUAAUAAAAUGAUUAAUGGACA